AUGAAACGAACAAUUUUUUUCAGCAAAAAAUAUUUGAAGGAAAAGUUACGCAAACUUAAAUUGCAAGUGGAAAUUUUUUCUCAACUUCUUCUUACUGUGAAAAUUUUCGACCGGCGUUUGGAAACGAGUCUAUUUGAUGUUACGGUGAGGAAUGGAAUGACGAAAAGUUUCUUUGAAAAAGCAAACGGUUUACGAUUUCUCCGUAAAUUGCGAAAAAUUUAA